AAGAAAAUGGGCUUAAAUUAGAAAGUCAGUCCCGCCAGACUUGCAAAAAAUAUCCCUGUCGUCUUUGUCUGUUGCUCUGUUACUGUUUGUCUCGCUCGCCUUCCUCACUGACUCACUCUCUCUCUUGCUGUUUCUCUCUAUUCGGAUAUGGUGUCUCUAAUCUCCCCGCCACCAUCAACUUCCUAUCUUUUCCGCCACAAGUCCUCGUUCUACGGCACCGUUUUACCUGAAAGGUGUGGCCAGGUCUCGCAAAAUUUGAAUAAUAUCAGAUACUACGCAAUAAGCUGCCGACUUAAUACCAGAGCCAAAGAAUCUCCUGCUCAAAAACCCAAUACUUUAAUCAAGGAACCUCACAAGUACUUUGAUCAGGUCAUCAUAACAGUUCGCUCAGGAGAUGGCGGACAUGGCGCAGUCCUCAACAUGCCAAACCAGAGAGCUAGUAAGCCUCAAGGAAAACACGAGAAGGAGAAGCUGAGGAGAAAAAGCUUGUUUAAACGGGAUUUUGGUGGGUCCCUUAUUCUUCCUGUGGGUGGCCAUGGAGGUGAUGUUGUGAUCUAUGCCGAUGAGGGUAAAGAUUCGUUACUGGAAUUUCACACGAAAAAUAGGUACAAUGCAAAACGCGGAGGGAAUGUGGCUGCAAUGGGUGUUUUGACUGCACAAUUGCAUGAUGGACUUUCUGCCCCGACUUUGCGUAUUCCAGUGCCUCCAGGUACGGUAGUGAAGCGUAAACGAGGGACAUUGUUGGCUGAUUUAGCACGGCCAGGUGAUGAAGUCCUUGUAGCAAGGGGUGGACAAGGAGGGAUUAGCUUGGUAGAAAUGCCAGAGCAUAGCAGGAAAAAGUUGAUGGCUUUGACCACAAAUGUGAUGAGAGAUGAUAGUGAUAAGGUUUUAGCUGUUGGUCAACCAGGAGAGGAGGUUAGUCUGGAGUUGAUUCUGCGAGUUGUUGCUGAUGUUGGUUUGGUUGGCCUUCCAAAUGCUGGAAAAUCAACCCUUUUGUCAGCCACUACACUUGCAAGACCUGAUAUUGCGGAUUAUCCUUUCACAACCUUAAUGCCGAACCUUGGACGCCUUGAUGGUGACCCAAGUUUAGGGCCACAGAUGUAUUCUUCUGAAGCAACGUUGGCAGAUUUGCCUGGUCUUAUCGAAGGGGCACAUCUUGGGAAGGGUCUUGGUCGCAAUUUUUUGAGGCAUCUGAGGAGGACCCGGCUAUUGGUCCAUGUUGUUGAUGCUGCAGCCGAGAAUCCUGUAAAUGACUACAGAACCGUCAAAGAAGAAUUGCGAAUGUAUAAUCCUGAUUACCUUGAACGACCAUACAUUGUGGUGUUGAAUAAAAUUGACCUUCCCGAGGCAAAAGACAGGCUUCCAUCUUUGACGGAAGAAAUAAUGAAACUUGGUGUUGAUAGGCCAUCUUCUGAGCCAGAAACGAGCAGUACAGGUGCAGUCCAACAGCUGUCCUCUGAAGGUGGGAAUGCAGAUGGGAGUUCUCCAAGAGUUCUUACUAAAGACAAGAAGGAUAAAGAUAUUGAGGACUAUCCACGACCCCUCGCCAUUGUAGGAGUCAGUGUUUUGAAAGGCAUCAGAGUCGACGAGAUGUUGAAGGAGAUAAGGGCCGGUCUGAGAAAGUGCCGAGGUGCAAAUUAAACAUUGGAUUUGAGUGCGAGAACAUGACGUUUUCGGUGUGAAACAGAAACACCUACAAAAUUAUUAUGCAUGAGGUUUUCUGGAUUAGACAGGUUAGAACAAUUUUGAUUUGUAACUUGUACAUAUGCCAAAUAUGUAUAGAUAAAUUCUAGCUGCAGCAUAUACCAUAACGAAAUCACGAAUGAAAUUUUCUU